UUUCCCCGCCGCUACUGCCUCCUCCUUCUCUGUAGCGGGGAAAGCUCUUGUCUCCACAUGAUGUGUUUUUAUGAAUGCCUCAAACCAGCUAUGAGAAAACAGCUUUUUAACCUGUGCGGAUGAGCUGGAGCCUUAGAGGGAUUAACUGAAUUUACAAAGAAGUGCUUUCAAGGGAGUGGAGGACUAUUCAGGAAUGGGAUUGUGACUACGUGGAGAAUGUGUUCUGGAGCUACAGCUCACCCACGCUCUGCUCCACUCACUCUUUUGUAGGAGACAGUGACAAACAUGUGCUGAGACUGAGUGCUGGGCAGAAGAAACGGUGGGCUUGUGAAGAUGGAGAAUGGCACAGGGGACCAGCAAAAUCAAACCGGACUGCCAGUAUCAAGCCAGGAGAUCGUUACAGUUGAAUACCAAGUGGUUACCAUCCUCUUGGUCCUCCUCAUCUGUGGACUGGGCAUCGUGGGCAACGUCAUGGUGAUUUUGGUAGUCCUCAGAACCAAACACAUGAGAACUCCCACUAACUGCUAUCUGGUGAGUCUGGCUGUGGCAGACCUCAUGGUCCUUGUCGCUGCAGGACUACCCAAUAUCACGGAAAGUCUGUAUAGAUCCUGGGUGUAUGGCUACGUGGGGUGUCUCUGCAUCACUUAUCUCCAGUACCUAGGGAUCAAUGCUUCCUCUUUUUCCAUCACUGCCUUCACCGUUGAGAGAUACAUAGCCAUCUGCCACCCAAUCAAAGCUCAAUUCCUAUGCACUUUUUCAAGAGCCAAAAAGAUCAUUAUUUUUGUCUGGGCUUUCACCUCUAUAUACUGUAUGCUCUGGUUUUUCUUGCUAGACCUUAAUACGGUAGUCUACAAAGACACUACUGUAGUGUCCUGUGGCUACAAGGUGUCCAGGAGCUAUUACUCUCCUAUCUACAUGAUGGACUUCAGUAUAUUUUAUGUUGUGCCAAUGGUAUUGGCAACGGUCCUCUAUGGCCUGAUUGCUAGAAUACUGUUCCUGAAUCCCAUCCCUUCGGACCCAAAAGAAAACUCUAAGACACGGAGGAACGAUGUGCCUCACCAAAGCAAGCCUGUGAAUUCCAAGAUGACUAACAGGAGUUUCAAUAGCACUAUUGCAUCUCGAAGGCAGGUUACCAAGAUGCUGGCCGUGGUGGUAGUCCUAUUUGCGUUUCUGUGGAUGCCCUACCGCACACUUGUGGUGGUCAAUUCCUUUCUCUCCAGUCCCUUCCAGGAAAACUGGUUCCUGCUGUUUUGCAGAAUCUGUAUUUAUUUAAACAGUGCCAUCAAUCCUGUAAUCUACAAUCUCAUGUCUCAGAAAUUCAGAGCAUCCUUUAGGAAACUCUGCAACUGCCAGCAGAAAGAGGAUAAGAAACCGGUCAACUACAGCAUGGCCCUGAAUUAUAAUGUCAUCAAAGAGUCUGAUCAUUUCAGCACUGAACUAGAAGAUAUUACUGUCACCAACACUUAUCUGUCCUCUGCAAAAUUGUCCCUUGGUGAUACCUGCUUGUCAUCUGAGGCCUGAAGCCCACCUUGUUCUGAGUAUGAAGUCACACAAAACCUUUGGAUGGUCUGUUCCCACCAACCUGUAUGAAACGAAAAGGCAUGUCUGCUCACAGAAUUGCAGGUGUUACCAUAUCUGUCCACACAUCUGCCUGCAUCCUACAAGAAAAAGCAGCCUUUUUGUGAGUGAAAAGAACAUACUACUGCGUCUAACUGAAUGAAGCAUUUAAUACAACAUAACUUUAAGCAGGUGAGUUAGCUGCAGUGGAAUACCUAAAUGCUCUGCCUCAUGCAUUGGCCAAAGAAUGGUCUGCUCUCUCAGAAAGAGCAAGGCUGCCCAGGACAUCUCCAUGGACGCAGACUGGGGCAGUGGAUGAUGCUCCAGUGAAGGUUGGAGGCAAGAAGAGGAGCUGCCCUCCUGCAUGGCUGCUGUGUGUCCCAAGAACAUUCACAAUGCACUGGGCAGUGCCAGCGGAGCCUGUAAGGCAGCAGCCAGAACCACUGCUGAUUACGGCAAUUACCUGUCAUUUUCUCCCUCAGCCCAAAGCGGUGCAAAUCCAAUUGCAGCCAUCAUAGCACUCUUCAGUAAGUAGGUAUCUGAUGGCAAAGAGCAUAACACCUUUUUUUUUUUUUUUUUUUUCACUUUUUAGCCUUGAAUAGCAUGAAAUAGGAAGACCAGUCAAUGAAUUCACAGCAGGGAAUAAACAAAUUUAAAUGUCAAUAGGAAACGUUAUAAAAAUCUAAGCUCUCACAGUAAGCUAGUUUAUAGAUGUACAGCUUUACACAUAAACCUCAGCUAAUACUGAAUCCUGUCUGAACUUGACAGGUAUUGAAGAGUACUGGACAGGCUUUUAGUAGUUAUUUUUAUGUUAGUUCAAUGGUAAUUGUGCCUGAGACCGCUACAAGGAGUUUAUAGCUUCAGUAUAUAUUAUGUCUAGGGUAAAGAGGAGAAUUCAGUGAAAAAUGUAACUUCUUUCAGUUUUUGGCUCAAAAGACAUCCAUUAGAAUACUUCAGGACAUUACAAAGUGUUUUGAAAGACUGAUUGGUUUUAUAUUUGACUGAAAAGAGAAAAUACUGCGAAAGCUUUGCUACUCCUUCUUGUUUUUUCUAGUUCAUUGUAAUGUUCCCUUUACAUUGUGACCUUCAGCACUGGUUUUGAUAACCUGAAGCCAGAGACAAAAAAAAAAUAUGUUACAAAAAGGCAGUUUCUAGUCUGUACUCACCCUGCUUGCUCUGGCCACAGCUGAGGUUAACCAUGCCCAUGGCUCAUCCUUGUUCCUGUACAAAGUCACCAUGGCUUCUCAUUUGCUAACACAGCUGCUUGCAUGCUCUUCCUGCACAACUGGUGACAAGCAGCCUAGGGACACAGUCUCUCAGAAUUCCAGCUGCAGUACAAACCCAGUGUAUCACUUUGGCUUUGCUCUAGACCAGCUUAUGCUCUUGCUAGAAUUAUAUUUUCCCAUUCUUGUUCAGCAGUAACAGAAACUUGUGAAGAUGCCUAUACAUUGUUUUCUGUUAUGAAAUUUUUUGCUCAGCUUUUGUACUUUAAAAAGCUGUAAAAACUCUAAUGGUUCUCGUGUAAGUCCUAUCCAGUGUGGGAUAAAAGAGUUGGCUUCACUAGAAUUGUAAGGCUUUCCUAUCUAGUGUUUCUUUGCAUGUACAGCUGCUUUGCCAUUUUAAAACACUUUCCCUUACAUUCAGCGAUAUCUGCAAAUUUAGAGAACCAAAAAUACUCUGAUAGCUCCUAGAUUUAAAUUUCAAUGCAAACCUAUGUGUGCUGAAUAAAAAAACCUAUUUCCAUAGAAUCAUAGAAUGGUUUGGGUUGAAAGGGUCCUUAAAGAUUAUCUUGUUCCAACUCCCCUGCCAUGGGCAGGGACACGUCCCACUAGAUCAGGUCUCUCAAGUUCCCAUCCAACCUGGCCUUGAACACUUCCAGGGAUGAGGCAUCCACAACUUCCCUGGGCAGCCUGUUCUACUGCCUCACCACUCUGAUCAUGAAGAAUUUGUCCCUAAUGUCUAAUGUAAAUCUUCCCCCUUCCAAUUUAAAGCCAUCAGCACUUUCUUUUUCAUUUUGGCAAGCAGAAGGAGUGACAUCAUGGAGGUAUCCGUCUUCUUGAGACUUUUACCUCAGAUUAUGGGGAGUCCAUGUUAAAAGCAGGCAAAGCACCACACUGGAGCCAGGCUGUGCUUUGGAGCCUCCGCUCUGAUGCACAGGAGCUGGCAGAGCUUUGACUGGAGCAGAGCUGGCAGCUAAACCCACGCAGACUGUUUUGCAAUAUUUUCUAUAUCUUCUGCAUGUGACCCCACACAACUGGCAGGGAAAUGUCCAAACUCUGCUGCUUUCAUAAUAAUAAUAAGGAAAAAAAAUGAAAUUACAAAGUCACAUGGCAUUCAAGCAGGCAAAGCUGACCAAGGUUCAAGAGUCAAAAGAGAGGAAAACCUAUAUUAUUCUAGAGGGAAUACCUAGCAGUCAUAUCUCAUAAAUACAAUACUAUAGCAGUGACAUACACUUUAAAUAAACCUUUCCUUUAUAGAGCUUGAUAUGAAGUUACAGAGUUCUGUGGCAUUUUGCUGCCCACACUUACUUAAAGAUAGAGUUUGCCACCGUAAGGGGAAGUCAAGGAGAAGUACCACAACCUGUGUAACCCUGCCUCCAAAGUAACUGUCACAGUAAAACGAAGCCACCAGGGUCAUCUUAUGCAGGCAUUUAUAUUUACUUAGAUAAGAAACCUGUUCAAAAUAAAUGUAGAUUCCUGUAUCUGACUGAGCAAAACCUUUGUAUGCAGUCAGCCAGCAUCUCUUGCAGCUGAUCAGAAUAGAUCCCUGUAUGGAUAAUGGGGGGAGAGGGUGCAGAGGUGACUGCUGGUGGAGCCACCAUGUGGAAAUCAUUUUGCUCUUCAAAUGUUGCCAUCGGUUAGGCAUAUAUACAGCUCUUUCAAACUAGCCUUACCUCUCAGACUUUCUAAAGCACUGCCAGAACUAGGUCCUUUUCUUACUUAAAAAGCGAGUAGACUUCCAGGACAAGGAGCAGGCAAAGAGAGUGCACUCCACUAAAACCUGGUUAUGCUGUUUGGAGCACAACUGGGUGGGCUAAGAACUGAGCCAAGUAUUUGUGUAAUAACGGUAACACAAACAUGCAUUUUUAUCUUUAACCUUUUCACAGUACAGACUGAACUAUAGCUCUUAUAGACUGACAAUAUAAGAACUCAUUCUCUCCUUUUAUUGCCUUUUUGCUCAAAAAGUAACUUUCUGCUUUCUCAGCCUCUGUCUCCAUACCUUUCUGUUUUUUUCUGGAUGCUCAGGUGAGGUAUUUGAGCCCAUAUUCUUGGCGAGUUUUCAUCAAGGGCUAAAAUUCAUGUAGGUGAUUUUGUAUGCAGCAUCACUUGGAAUAAAAAUGAAAAGGAAUGAUUUCAUGCUGAUACUUAUUUGAGCAAACAGUGAUGAUUAUGCCUGCAAAGCUGUGUGCACAAAUGCAAUGUAUAAAAUUGCAUAUGUAAGCAAAGGUGUGAUUUUAACUUAAUUUGCCAUAGUUAUGUCUUUAUAGUAUUUAUUAAAUCCAUGGUAAUUUUAUACUAAUUACUACAGCUAAUACCAUGGAACUUUGCUAAAUAUCAUGCUAAUGUGAUUUUAGAUCUAUUUCUGUGUUUUUCCCUCUGUUUAUAGCAGCAACUAACCUUUUUUCUUGUACCUAGAUGUUGUGGAUUAGAUAUAUGGGCAUGUGUUUUUUAAAUAUUUAUGUGAUUUUAGGAUAAUAAACUCUUUUUGCCAGAUGAGGAAGUGACCGGAUGUCAGCUACUGAAUGCAGUAAUAUAACUAUUUAUCUUGGUAUACUCAUUUUGUGUAUAACAAACUCCUCUGCAAUAUUUAGUUUUAAAGAAUUGUCUGUGUGGUAGUAAUAUUGAGAUCCAUGUCUCCUCAUUUAAUGACUUUGAUGUAAGAGAUUGCAUUCUUAUUGCAUUUUUUUUGGAACAUUACCCAGCAUAUAAGAGAAGAGAUGUUGCUGUAGCAUCUGACUUUGGGAGCUACACUUCCAGUGUGAAAUACUUCAGUGUUGGUAAAACUCACAGCUGAGAAAGGUUAGGCGUCUUUAAAACACGCCUUGGUUCAGAUUAAUGCAUGACCUCUUUGAGGUCAGAGUUCAGGAUAUAUCAAAGCAGCUCCAACAUGUUGUGAAGGGGGUUAUGAUGCUCCUGUGGGAAUGAAUGGCACAAGUCAAAUGGUAGUGCUCUCAACAACUUCCCUUAAAAAACAAUGAUCCUAUACAAGUGACUAAAGAACAGAUCAGGAGCUGCCAUAGCACGUACAAGAUGAAACACUGGAUUAGCCACCUGGUCUUUGCAAGUAAACAAAUAUUUCUUGUUGGGUUUUUUUACAAAGCUACUCUUAACAAAAAAUGAGAGCUGCACAUUGGUAUGAUUGAAAAAAAUAUAUUGUUGCAAGACUAGUAAAAGCUAAAUUGUUCUUUCAACAAUGUUGCAUAUGCUUAUUUAUUUCUCUGGAUUCCAUUGUAUAUAGUUGUUUUAUUUGUCACAAAUUGCAGUGAAAUUUCAAGAUGAUCUUUUGGUGUUUUGUUAUCUCUUCUUUAGACAGAAUUGUUUAUUUAGUGUUUUGUUCCUUUCAAUAAGAGAUUGAUUUUUCCUGAUUAUUUCAUUACUGCUGGGAUAUAGUCAUACAGCAAAUGCCAGCUGAAGAGACUGGAACUUCAGGGUCCCUUAACUUGGGGAUUGAAUUCACACAAACUAUUCAAGAGCAAACUAUUCAAGGUUUAGAAGGAACCUCUUUUUCACUUACCCAGAUAAUUCUGAUCUCAUUCUGUAACUGCAUGUUGUUUAUAAAUUUGUUUAUUAAUAAGAUUGUGAAGUUGCUG